CCACCACUACCAUACAGGUUUAAUUUGCGCGUCCUAGCUAGCUAGAUACUGCUGGUGGUGACUAGUGAGUGAUCGAUCGAGACCGAUCGACGAUCGCCAUGGCCGGAGCUACUGCUAGUGGAGGAGCUGCUGCCGCCGCCGCCGCCGCCACGGGGGCCGGGUCGCCGUGCGGGGCCUGCAAGUUCCUGCGCCGCCGCUGCGUGCCCGAGUGCGUCUUCGCGCCCUACUUCAGCAGCGACCAGGGCGCCGCGCGCUUCGCCGCCAUCCACAAGGUCUUCGGCGCCAGCAACGCCUCCAAGCUGCUCUCCCACCUCCCCGUCGCCGACCGCUGCGAGGCCGUCGUCACCAUCACCUACGAGGCGCAGGCCAGGCUCCGCGACCCCGUCUACGGCUGCGUCGCCCAGAUCUUCGCGCUCCAGCAGCAGGUCGCCAUCCUGCAAGCCCAGCUCAUGCAGGCCAAGGCGCAGCUCGCAUGCGGCGGCGCCGCGCACUCGCCGGUCAGCCACCACCAGUGGCCGGCGGACCACGGCAGCGGCAUCACCGCCCUGCUGCGCCAGGACACGGCGUGCGGCGCCAGGAAGCCCCUCGGCGACUGCUUCAUGCCGGAGCUCAUGGCCUCAGCAGGCUUCAGGGACGACGUCGUCGCGGCGCAGCAUUGCGCCGCCAAGGCGGCGGACGCCGGGGACCUCCAGUACCUGGCGCAGGCCAUGAUGAGGAGCCCCAACUACUCCCUGUAGAAGCGUAGAAUAAGACCAUGCAUAUCAUUUUGGAGACAUGCUGCCAUCGAUCUCACACUUUGCUAAUGCAAGUGAUGCGAGAGCUAGAAUUCGGGGGAAAAGAAAGGAAAUUAACUUGUUGUACUCCUAGUAGUGAACUCCUUUUCUUUUAAAUUAUUGUCAGUGUUCUGAUCUUAUUAGUGAGAACUGGUAGAAAUCAUAUCAUAUA